AAAUAUUGUUUUAUUAUUCUUUCCAGUACAAGAGAGUUACUAUUCAAUAGUAGAAUUAUUUAAGUACAAGUAGUUUAAAUUGGUUUGAGAAGCAAUUUAAUAUUUAAAAUAUUUAUAAUGGGAAAACGAUACUACUGUGACUAUUGUGAUAAAUCAUUUGCCGACAACCCCACCAGUAGGAAAGUUCAUUUGACCGGCAAUGCACAUUUAUUAACUAAGAAACUUCACUACGACGCUUACAGAAACGAGAAAGAAAUACUAGAGGAAGACCAAAACAAAAAGCCAUGUCGAGCUUUUUUAUCAACGGGUAAAUGUAACGUUUUAUCUUAUCUUUAAGUUUGUUUUAGGCUAUAGGCUUUUAAUUCUAGUGUAUAUUCUUUAGUCUUAAAACAGGCAGGUGUUGUGUAGAGCGCAAAGUGCCCUUACUUUAAAGCCCUUUAAUACUAAUACCAUGACAUGAAUAUGAAAUGGCCAUGAGGCAUGAGCCAUGAGUAGAAGAGUGGGCAAUCCUCCAAAGUCCAAUCCAAAAUUAUUUCGUAUGAAAAAAAAUGGGGUAAUGCAGUGUGUAUUGUUAGAAAACUGCAUAAAAUGUCAGUCAUUACUUUUGCAAAUAACUGACUUUACAAACCAGUCAGUAAAUAAAUACUAAAUGUUUUAAUUGGCGAUAGCAUUUGCAAAUAGCAGCCAAAAACGUUCUGCUUGUGACUGUUGCAUCAAUGAAAGGCCCCCAAUUAGCUGGCAAAUAGACCGCAACUAGUAGCACUCUGAUAGUUUACGUUUCGUUUGCAUCAAAAGUCCUUUAAUAGUUUAUGUGUGAAUGUCCUGGUCUACUGGAUCAACAAAUUCACGCACGUGCACAGUGACGGCGUGAUCAUAUAUCCUGUUGUUGAGCUGACCGACAUUUUGAUAUCCUUGCAAAGCGUCCGUGGCGAUAGUUAUCCCUGGUAAUACAUAAUUAUUGAUAAUGCGCUCGAGUGUUUGUACAUCUCGACGGCAAACAACCUCCAUCCAACAUCGUCCACUACCGCAAACAUGAAUUUCAAAACAAAAUGAUGCCUAAGACUUUUAAGUUAGGAGUAAUCAUUGGAAAAAAUUUGGUACCGGAUUUCGGAGGAUUGCCGAAGAGUGCAUUGCUUCCAUGCACACAUUUAUGGGGAUGAAUAUUUGAAGAAAGUGUCUCUUGGUAGUUUACUACCAGUAGCUUUUAGAGAGCUAUUGGUAUUCCAGCCACUCAAAUCAAACAGAAAACGGAACUUUAAAAACCUGCUUUCAAUCACGCAUAUUGCCCUGUACUGUUCAUUUAUUACUAGCUCGUACCAGUAUCAACACCACAGCCGGAUCGAUAAUGAUUCCUGAAAGAAUUUCAGCUUUAAAUUGCUAUGCUUGUUUUGAUACUUUCAAAGAUUUUGGAGAUGCCAUCAAAGCUAUAGAAGAGUUUCAAAAUGCUGCCGUUAUAAAAGUUAGAGUUCUAUAUUGCUAUAUAAUUAUAAUUUAUAACAUAUACCUAAUAAAGAUAGAUGUAUGAUACUAGGUGGAAUAAAUUACACUAGGUGGAAUAAAUUACACCCUUCUUCAUUUUUGAAAAAGUGAUAUGUGCACAUAUGAAAAAUAAAAUCCGGCUGAGAAAUAAUUUUAUUGUAACACUUUUGUGUGUGCUAAUUAUUACUAUUAAAGCUAUUAAUUAAAAUAUAGUUAUAGUCAUAGGUCUAAAUAUGUAUAUAAUUACCUAAUAAAAGUUUUACUGCAUAUUUAAAAAAAUCUUGUUUCUUUAGUUAAAUGAAUCGGUAUAAUAACAUGAUUAGGCUUAACAGAAGCUUUGGUCAAUCUCUAUUUAGGAACAUGGUCAUGUUACACCCCCCCCCCCCUCCUCCCUCCGUGUUAUUGAUUUUCUGGUGGAAGAUAGGUCUACUGAGUACAGUUUUCACAGUUAAGCACUUAUAAAGGCAUUGAUAUUUUUAUGUACAAUUAAAACAUUUAAAAAAUCUUGUUUCUUUAGUUAAAUGAAUCGGUAUAAUAACAUGAUUAGGCUAAACAGAAGCUUUGGUCAAUCUCUAUUUAGGAACAUGGACAUGUUACACCCCCCCCCUCCUCCCUCCGUGUUAUUGAUUUUCUGGUGGAAGAUAGGUCUACUGAGUACAGUUUUCACAGUUAAGCACUUAUAAAGGCAUUGAUAUUUUUAUGUACAAUUAAAACAUUUAAACGUUUAGGAAUUUUUAUUAUGCUAUGCAGAAUCAAUGUUUAUAAUGGCACUGAGUAUGAUGAAAAUUUAAGCAGCGAUUCAUAAAAUAUUUAUUUGUCAUCCCCACCCCCUUAAGAAACGGAACCUGUUUGAAAAGUUAAUUUAGCCAUAGUUUUAUAAGCUAUGUAGAUGUAUCUCAGAAUCUAUUGGCUAAGUGAUAAAAGAGAUCUUGGGAUAGUGAAAGGACUUCAAGUGUUAUGUUGAUGUAAAAAAUACAUUCCCUCUAUUUGUCAUCACCUGGAAAACUGAGAUUCUGAUUUGAUAUUAUUAUUGUUACAAAUAACUCCGUUUAUGUUUCAGGACAAUGUAAAUUUGGUGACAGAUGUCAGUUUUCACAUUUAACCAAUGAGGACCGAAUGCAACUAUCUCAGAUCCUUAAACAGAAGGAAGAGCGGUCUGGACUCGGGCAAGCGGUCAGUACACCCACAGACGUCAGAGACAAGCUUCACCAAUGGUUGGACAACAGGAAGCAGAGAAAAAAAUUUGAGUCUUCCGACAAGGAGACAAAUGUGAAGAAGCCAGAAUGUGAACUGAAAGUUCCAGAUUAUAAACUUGCUGAAUGCCUGACUGUCUUUCCGAGCCUGCCUCCAUCUUUACUACCACCAAGCAAAGAAAGUAUUUUAACUUCACCAUUUGUUACUUGGGGCUAAGAGGGUUCUCAUUUUAUAUUGAAGUCGGGGCUUAAUCUGUCUCAGAUGUUCUCAAAAUAAUGGCAUUGAUUUCACUGUUGAGGUAUUAAUCACACAAAAAUUUGUGCACACUAUUUCAUGUAAAACAAAGUGAGGCAUGUUAAAUUUUCUUAACAGAUCUUUACAAUGUUUGUUAAAAGCAUUUGACAAAUGGCAUUAGUAUUGGACUAGCAUUAGUGUAUUAGUGUGAUAAUGGGCAUCAAGCUAAGCCAGACAUUGUAUUUUAUUGAGAAGCCAUUAGACUGUACUAUGACGCUAAGCUGGGCAGUGUAUUUUACUGAGAAGCCAGUUGGCUCUAUAGUGAUGCUAAGCCAGACAGUGUGUUUUAUUGAGACACCGAUUGGCUCUAUGAUCAACAAAUCAUUCAGAUUGAAAUUUUUCUUUCUAAACAAAGCAUCGUCAUUUAUUUUCAAUAUCUAUUUUCUCUAUUAUUCCUACGGUACCAAUUUAAUUUACGAUUGAUAUGGACCAAGAGUAACAUACCAAACUGAAAAACAAAUAUUUUUGUAGGUUUAAUGAUAUUUAUAAACAUUAACAAAGCAUAUAUGUAAAAGUGCACAGUAAAUUCAUGUCAAAAUGUUGGCAUUAUCAAAAUGGUAUGGUAUGGUACAUAAAAACUAGCAUGAUUCAAAUAAACCAUUUUUAUUCUUCAUGUUAACCUUUAUUUAUUGUUUUUUGUUUUCUAAAUUUAUUGUUUCCAGAUCAAGAAAUUUUGUUUCUUGUGUAAUUCAUAGUCCUCAUUUUAAUAGGUACCGUUAUUAACUUUUUAAGUUGGACAAAUUUGAAAUCUUUUGCUUAUGACAUUGUAGGCAUUAGAUCAGAACUUUAACUAGUUGACACUGUAGGCAUUUGAUCAGAACAAUAAUUUGUGGCCAAUGACAUUGUAGGCAUUAGAUCAGAACAAUAAUUUGUGGCCAAUGACAUUGUAGGCAUUAGAUGAGAACAUUAACUUGUGGCCAGUGACAUUGUAGGCAUUAGAUCAGAGCAUUAACUUGUGGUCUAUGGUACUGUAGGCAUUAGAUCAUAGAAUUAAUUAGUGGCACAGGACACUGAAGCCACUAGAUUAGAACAUUAACUAGUCCAGACAGUAUUAAAAAUUGUGAGUAUUUUAGGUCCUUUGAUAUGUGUUGUUAACAAAAUAAGGUUCUGCGUUUAACUGAGGCCAAUUCAAACUGUAGACAACAUUUUUAGUUCUCCAUGAUAACAAGCAGAACACAUUGCAUGGCUUGAGAUGUAGGAUAACUUUAAAAAUAGUUAAAACGUAAGCUCAAUUAUAGUUAUAAAUUUGUUAUGUUUAUUUCAUGAACACAUAUUUAAAAUCAUUUCAUGAACAAAUAUUUUAAAUCAUUUCAUGAACAAAUAUUUUAAAUCAUUUCAUGAACAAACAUUUUAAAUUAUAUCAUGAACAAAUAUUUUAAAUCAUUUCAUGAACAAAUAUUUUAAAUUGUUACAUGAACAAAUAUUUUAAAUCAUUUCAUGAACAAAUAUUUACAACAGAUAUUUAAAAUCGUUCCAUGAAUGAUGUGAGAUUUAACGCCCCUGGCAGUGUGUGUGUGAUGCUUUGUUUGGCAUAAAAUGUCGUUGAGGCACUUGUCGUCACUGAUGUUGAGAUACUUGUCAUCACUGAUGUUGAGUUACUUGUCGUCACUGAUGUUGAGGUACUUGUCGUCACUGAUGUUGAGGUACUUGUCGUCACUGAUGUUGAGGUACUUGUCGUCACUGAUGUUGAGGUACACGUCGUCACUGAUGUUGAGGUACUUGUCAUCACUGAUGUUGAGGUACUUGUCAUCACUGAUGAGACUCUAGGCAUCUCUUAAUGCUCUGACGCAACUUGUAAGUGAGAGGAAGGUCAAGGUCACUGACUGUUAAUAUUCUGGAUUCGUCCAACACGUCGUGCAGGUAGGAGGGGAUCUUGUGGAGCUGCGACUCCUCCACCAGGAUGAAGACACGCCCCUGGUUGACUGGACUGACGGAGUGGCUGGCGUACUGGAGACGGAACAAUUUCACUUCAUCAGUUUUACAUAUCAAAUGAGUAGAUGAAGAUGAAUUAGACUUCAAUCUGGGCAAAGAUUUGCAAGAAAAUCUUUUGAGACCUAUUUAAAAUUAAAAGAACACCUCAUGCAUAACCUACUGUUAAUUUUGCCUGUGUUAAACCACCGUGUAAAAUACAGCGUUGACUUUAACAAAACAAAACUUUUUAAGAAUGUCUACAACAAACAGAAUAGAAUGAGAUGUCAGAUACAGAAUCAAUAGUGUGUCACGUCAGACACAGAAUAUUUUGACAUGUCAGAUACAGAAUAGUUUG